AGAAGCACAAUCGCAGACGCGGAGCUGCACGGGCGAAACGAAACCGUUGAAAAUGCGAGCGAUAUUUGCGACGUUGGCUGUCCUGGCGAGUUGCGCCGCAUUAGUUCAAUCGGACAGCAGAGCGCGCAUCGUUUGUUACUUCAGUAACUGGGCGGUGUACCGACCCGGCGUUGGACGUUAUGGCAUCGAAGACAUCCCCGUGGAUUUGUGUACCCACUUGAUUUAUUCCUUUAUUGGCGUCACCGAGAAAUCUAGCGAAGUUCUCAUUAUCGAUCCUGAGCUGGACGUAGAUAAGAGUGGUUUCCGUAACUUCACAUCCCUCCGCUCCAAACACCCCGAUGUCAAGUUCAUGGUCGCGGUUGGCGGUUGGGCUGAAGGCGGCUCCAAGUACUCGCACAUGGUGGCCCAGAAGAGCACUAGGAUGUCUUUCAUCAGAAGCGUUGUGGACUUCUUGAAGAAAUACGACUUCGACGGUUUGGAUCUCGACUGGGAGUAUCCCGGUGCCGCCGACCGAGGUGGCUCCUUCUCCGAUAAAGACAAGUUCUUGUAUUUCGUCCAAGAGUUAAAGAGGGCGUUCAUCAGAGCCGGUAGAGGAUGGGAGCUGACUGCUGCCGUACCGCUUGCUAAUUUCAGGCUGAUGGAGGGAUAUCAUGUACCAGAGCUGUGUCAGGAACUGGACGCUAUCCACGUGAUGUCGUAUGAUCUGCGCGGUAAUUGGGCCGGUUUCACCGAUGUGCAUUCGCCUUUAUACAAACGACCUCACGACCAAUGGGCCUACGAGAAACUUAACGUGAAUGAUGGUCUUAAUUUAUGGGAAGAGAAGGGUUGCCCUACCAAUAAACUAGUGGUCGGUAUUCCGUUCUAUGGACGUUCAUUCACUUUAUCUGCUGGAAACAACAACUAUGGCCUUGGAACUUAUAUAAACAAAGAGGCUGGUGGUGGAGACCCUGCUCCCUAUACAAACGCAACUGGAUUCUGGGCUUAUUAUGAAAUUUGCACAGAAGUAGAUGCAGAUGGAUCAGGAUGGACUAAGAAAUGGGACGAGUUCGGCAAAUGCCCUUACGCAUACAAGGGAACUCAAUGGGUGGGCUACGAAGAUCCUCGUAGUGUGGAGAUCAAGAUGAACUGGAUCAAGGAGAAGGGCUACCUCGGGGCUAUGACGUGGGCUAUAGAUAUGGACGAUUUUAAGGGACUAUGCGGAGAGGAAAAUCCCUUGAUCAAGCUUCUGCAUAAGCAUAUGAGCACUUAUAUAGUCCCGCCUGCGCGCACUGGACACACAACUCCCACUCCGGAAUGGGCGCGUCCACCUUCAACUCCAUCAGACCCAUCUGAGGGUGAUCCGAUUCCUACCACAACCACCACCACCGUGAAACCGACGACAACAAGAACCAGCGCGAGGCCUUCUACUACCACAACGAAAGUACCCCAUGGCACCACCGAAGAAGAAUUUGACAUCAACGUGAGACCGGAAGUCGAGGAACCACCCACGGAAAACGAAGUCGACAAUGCAGAUGUGUGUAACUCUGAGGACGACUACGUACCAGACAAGAAAGAGUGUAGCAAGUAUUGGCGAUGUGUGAACGGCGAGGGAGUUCAAUUCUCGUGUCAACCGGGGACAAUCUUCAACGUGAAACUUAACGUUUGCGAUUGGCCUGAAAAUACAGACAGACCGGAAUGUUCGUAAGGUCUAAAAGCGUUAUUAGUUAAACUAUUCUAGGUAUAGUGGUAUAAAGCGGAACUCAGACUGGUCAAAAAAAGUCGUGAUCUUCUUAAUUUGGCAAUAAACUUCGUAAUCUAAGGCACGCAUCUUAAAUACCCUACCGAAUGAAUCUUUUGAAAACUUUUCAAUCUCCCCUAGAUACAGUUUCAUGCAUAGUAUGAUUUAAAAAGCCAUUUCUUACUUCACAUAUCGAAAGGUGAGAAAAUGUAAAAUCAUUUAAAUACCAAUGCCAAUUAAACUAUCUUUAACCUCACCUUUAUUAUUUUAGUUUCCUUAUUCCUGACUUUUCCGAUACUUUUCCAAUACUCUACCGGAUUCGUCGUCAUAGAUAACUAGCGAACUGAUUGGAUUCUAAAAGUACUUUUAAUUGCACGCGAUUCGCGAUAACCGAAGUGAAUACUAGCUAUACUGAAUUAAAGACAAGUCUGAUCAUAGUUUGCUCAAAUAAAUAUAAAAUAGUUAGUAAAGUAAUAGGAUUAAACGUUAUUAACUAAAAUAAUAUUGUCGUAUUUUGUUGUCUAACAAAACACAAUACGCCAAUGUUUACGUCGACCCGUUAGAUGCUAAGGACUAUUUUAUAUGAGAUAUAUUUUCUUUAUUUACCCCUUUUUUGAGUACGUAUAUUAUCUUUAAGCAACGAAAUUUUGUUAUCUGUGUUAU